GUUAACACCCCAAACACAACCAUUCCCAGCUCAAAAAACAGGCGAACACUCCAAACACAACCAUUCCCUGCUCAAAGAACAGGUAAGCACUCCAAACACAACCAUUCCCAGCUUACAGAAUGGGAAAACACUAAACACAACCACCCAGCUCACAGAACGGGUAAACACUCCAUUCAUAACCUUUUCCCUUUCCCCACAGAACGGUAAACACUCCAAACACAACCAUUCCCAGCUCACAGAACAGCUCAGAGAACAGGUAAACACUCCAUACACAACCAUUCCCACCCAAACAGGUAUACACUCCAAACACAACCAUUCCCUGAUCACAGAACAGGUAAACACUCCAAACACAACCAUUCCCAGCUCACAAAACAGACUUCCAAACACAACCAUUCCCAGCUCACAGAACAGAGUUCAAGAAAGUGAUGAAGUGGACGAUGAUAAACAGGGAUCCAGAGCAAAAGGAAGCUUGCUGCCCAGACCUCUAGCAUACAGUGGUAUGAGAGUACUGACGGUAAAAAUAGAAAUAAUUGGAUUUAAAAAAGAUGCCACUCAGUACAUAGAACCUUAUAUAACUGUGUCAGUGAGAGAUGCAACAGGGACAGAGCUUACAGCUGCCCAGGAUACACCAGUAGCCACCAAGAAAGAGAGCAAGUGUAUUGUGUUUAAUGAAGAGGUGCACAUUCAGAAGUCUAUAGAGAGUCUCCCCAAUGGGUUUUCAAUAUUUUUUGAGUUCAAGCAUUUUAAACCAAAGAAAAACAUGAUCAGCACAAAGUGUUGGGCCUUCAUGGAGAGGGAUGAAGUCAAAGAGGGACCAGUAGCAUUAGAACUAUACCAGAAACCAGCAGAUUACAAAAGGAAAAACAUCAAGCUGUUAACAGUGAAACCAUUGUAUCUCCAUUUGAAAAUUAUUUUUAACACAUAAUGGACAGAAGUCAUAUACUGGAAGUAUCUUGACUUUUAAAAAGGAACAUUAAAAUUGUGAACUGAAGUUAGACAUUAUGAAUAGUGUUUUAGUAAACACAGGAAGUUAUGCUUUAAUAUGUAAAU